AUGGCCUGCUUUCACCCUCGUUCUCCCAUAUUUGUAUUGCUCACCCUGCUACUCAUAGUGCAGGCUUGGAAAGUAUCCACACAUGCAGUUGAGGAUGAUGUGAAGUAUGUAGAGAUUGAUGUGGGUGAAAACAGUUAUGGAGGAGUGAAGGAUCAGAUCGACUGUGAUAAGGAAUGCAAUAGGAGAUGCUCCAAGGCUUCAUUGCAUGAUAGGUCUCUCAAGUACUGUGGAAUAUGCUGUGAGAAAUGUAACUGUGUUCGACCGGGUACAUCUGGCAACGAAGAUGUGUGCCCUUGCUAUGCCAAUUUGAAAAACUCUAAGGGUGGACACAAAUGCCCUUAGCACAUACUCAUACGCAUAUAAUAAUCCCCAUUGCUUCCUCAGAAUAAUGGAUUAUGUGUUAUGUUACAAAG